CGGUCGGGUCCAGUCCGGUCCAGCCCCGGCUACAUCGCGGCCUGCCCGGCGCGGCCAGUGCGGUCCAGGCGGCCCGGGAAGGGGAUCCCUUUCGAGUCCGACCCCCGUGCGGCCUCAUCCUGCGGGACUUUGCGCCGCUCCCCGCUUAUCCGACCGGAGCGCCCUCCGCCUGCUUUCGGCUCGCUCCAGCCCGGAGGGAGGGCUGCAGGUGGGACCCGGGAGGCCGGCGCAGGGCUCGCCUUGAUUUUGGCGUCGAGACCAAAGGCCGACUGCAGAUUUCCACGUUUCACUCGGGGUCAUCGGGUAACCAGAGCCCGGGGAGGAAAGCUGCGGGUCCACGGUUGGGCCUCCCGGAACCCGGGAGCGGUUGAUCCGAGGCCCUUCAGGUCGGACACCCCUGAGGACAGCUGUCACCUGGCGCUCCUGACCUGUGCCUUGGACAAGACCCACCUAGUGUGCUUGGUCUUCACUCUCCAUUGUCUCUGGUUCACUAAGAGCCUGUCUUGUCCUGCUGACUGCUCUCCAUGGAGCCCAGGUUUGAGACUGCUCUCUGAUGCUUCCUCCAGAAGCCAGUACUGCCUUGCAGAGUCUCCUUGGAACCUGAUCCUGGACGGCUGUUCUCAGUGAAGGACCGUGCACCCACCCCUGAGCAGCGACCAUGGGCCUGCUUGCCUACUUGAAGACCCAGUUUGUGGUGCACCUGCUCAUCGGCUUUGUUUUCGUGGUUAGUGGGCUGGUCAUCAACUUCAUCCAGCUGUGCACACUGGCCCUCUGGCCCAUCAGCAAGCAACUAUACCGCCGUGUCAACUGCCGCCUGGCCUACUCGCUCUGGAGCCAGCUGGUCAUGCUCCUGGAAUGGUGGUCCUGCACGGAGUGCACACUCUUUACGGACCAGGCCACGGUGGAUCACUUCGGGAAGGAGCACGUGGUCAUCAUCCUCAACCACAACUUUGAGAUCGACUUCCUUUGUGGGUGGACCAUGUGUGAGCGGUUUGGCGUGCUGGGGAGCUCCAAAGUGCUGGCCAAGAGGGAGCUGCUGUGUGUUCCUCUCAUUGGCUGGACAUGGUACUUCCUGGAGAUUGUGUUCUGCAAACGGAAGUGGGAGGAGGACAGGGACACCGUCGUAGAGGGGCUGAAGCGCUUGGCUGACUACCCGGAGUACAUGUGGUUUCUCCUGUACUGUGAAGGAACACGCUUCACUGAGACCAAGCACCGAGUCAGCAUGGGGGUGGCCGCCUCCAAGGGGCUGCCGCCACUCAAGUACCACCUGCUGCCCCGGACCAAGGGCUUCACCACUGCAGUCCAGUGCCUCCGGGGGACAGUCGCAGCUAUUUAUGACGUGACCCUGAACUUCAGAGGGAACAAGAACCCAUCUCUGCUGGGGAUCCUCUAUGGGAAGAAGUACGAGGCAGACAUGUGUGUGAGGAGGUUUCCCUUGGAGGACAUCCCAGCAGAUGAGAGCGGCGCUGCCCAGUGGCUUCACAAGCUGUACCAGGAGAAGGAUGCUCUUCAGGAGAUGUACAAUCAGAAGGGCGUGUUCCCAGGGGAGCAGAUCAAGCCUGCCCGAAGGCCGUGGACCCUCCUGAACUUCCUGUGCUGGGCCACCAUCCUCCUCUCUCCCCUCUUCAGCUUUGUCCUGGGUGUCUUUGCCAGUGGAUCCCCACUUCUCAUCCUGACGUUCUUGGGAUUUGUGGGAGCAGCUUCCUUCGGAGUCCGAAGGCUGAUAGGAGUCACUGAGAUAGAAAAAGGCUCCAGCUACGGCAAUCAAGAAUUUCAGAAAAAGGAAUAAUCAGCGCUGUGACUGAACACCCGUAACCUGACGUGGUAUCCAAUUAACUCAAUUAAAAACAGAACACAAGAGAGGGGGACAACACUUAGAGACUAUUUUUCUUAUUAACUGGUGACUAAUAUUAACAAAACUUGAGCCAAGAGCAAAGAAUGCAGAAGGCCUGCCAGGUGAAGAUGGUCAGCCAACACCAUCAGGGUCCCAUCGGCCCUCUUCGGGUACAGAGGUGGGCUCUGGGGAGGUGGUGGGGCCAUGGGUCUCCCCCAGAACUCCGCCUCCAAGAGGCAGCCGUGGCUGCUUUCUCUUCUUAAACUUAGAAUGAGGCUGUUGUUUCUUAUCACUUAUUUGGGGAACUUAAUCUGGCCCCCACCUUAUGACCUGCACCCCAGGACACUGGCUCUUGAUGUGUUCAGCUGUUCUGGGAGCAGGUCAGCUGGGUCCUUGUCCCACGAAGAGCUCGCUUGUCCUGCCUGGCUUGCCACCCUCACUUCUAGUCUGCGGGGAGAAAGUCUUCUGAUAAGCACACACUGAAUGUAGAUCAGGCCCCUUUGUCCCUCCCCUGUCCCCUCUGCAGCACCUCUCUCAGCACUGCCUCCCUGUGGGCUGUGUUUAAGCACCUUAAGUCUCUUUUUAAAGUGAAUGCCCGAGAACUCUGCAGAAUGUGGACUCUUUCUGUGCGUACAACGCCUCCAUACAGCUCCUUGGUCCCUUUCUUCCUCUGUGGCCAGCAGGCUACAGUCCCCACAUAGGGCCAGAUGGGAAGGCCAGGUCGGCCCCACACCUCAGAGCCUCGGUGCCUGGGGGCUUCCAGCCUUUGGGACUUCAGGAAGCCAGAUCAGCAUCAGCUCUCCCUGGUCUGAAUCAUCAGAUAAACUUUAGCACUUGUUAGCAUUUGGAAUUUAUUUUUGCAAGUUGGUCUGUGGCUGGCUUGCAACUUCUCCCUGCCCUCUGCCUCCUCUGCCUCUAUCCAGGUGGACAUCAUCGCUGCCCACACUUGCCCUCUCCCACCUCAGUGACAUUGACUGUCUUGGCAGAGGACAGGGGGCUCCACCUGCACUUGGUGCCUUGCCAGGGUCCCUUUGGCUGACCCAGGAGGUGCAUCUUCCUUCAACCCACUUAAGUAUGGGGAGGCCUGCCCGACUCCUGGGAGGCCCAGGCCCUUGGGGAGUUCCGUCAUACCCUGUCUGUCCACCUCCCUUGACUUUCUGUCUGAACCCUCUUCAGGCUCUUUUAAAGUCACAGCUUUCUUCAUGUUUUCUAACAAGAAACACUGUUACCAGUGUUCAGAGUAGAGGCAGAGAAGCUUUCUAGGGGAGACCAACAGAAAGAGGCCUGGAGAAGUGGAGACCAGGCCUAGGCCUGACUCUGCUUGGCUCCCAGUGUUGGGGGGACUCCAGGAGGCAGCUUGUAGGAGAUGCUACUGACCUCCAGGGUCCAUGUAUGAGGGAGUUUGGAUGUGGAUCGCAUCCACAACUUUUGGGUGAAGACAGCCAAUGUAAUUCCUUGUGAGGGUGAAGGGUUGGAUCAAGCCAAGCAAAUCAGGACACUAAACUCUCUCUCCUCUAGCGCAAGGCUUGCCUGCUCUGGCCUCUGCCAACUGUGUGCCAUCCUGGGCGUUCCCAAGCGCCAUCCUCUGGCAUUUCCUUUCUGUCUCUGUCAGUCACCCUCCCUCAAUCCCCAUCACCUCGCAAAUCUGAAGGAAAUGGGCUGAAGGGCCCCGCUAUGCAUGCGCCUGGCCCAGGGAACAAGCUCAGAGCCUUUGCCAUUUUAAUAGUGGCUCUGGCUUCCCAGAGAAGCACUGAGCCUUUGAGGUCAGCCGUGUGCUGAGUCCAUGAAUGACCUGGAAGAAUGCAGGUCGCAGGCUCUGCCCUUCUGUGCCUCCCUCUGACUUCUCAGCUCUGCCUGUGCAUCCAAUACAGUGCUUCUGAGAGCAAUAAAAACUACCCUGGGAAUGUGGUUUUGGGGUUUUUUUUGUUUUGUUUUUUUUUUUUUUGAGGGGUCAGAUUUUGCUCUUCAUCUGCUUCAAAAGGAAAGAGACAGGAGAGCCCCUUUGAUUUUUCAAUUAAAUUAAUAAAUCUCAGAAAAAUGCUUUUCUCUUUUUCCUUCACACCCUACUACUAACAGGAGUCCUGGCUGAUGUCAUGUCCAGAUUUAGACUGAGGGUUUCCCCAAAACAGCUUGCUAGCCCUCAGGCAGCCUAUUAGCCCAGGGGUAUUCUGGGGCUGGCAUGGGUACUGGCCUUAGGCUGAGGGCGUGGCUGGCCUAGUCAUACUGGAGAUUCCUCAGCAGAAAGGGCCCCAUAGGCCCAGGUCAGCCUGAGACAUCUCCUUACCACUCAGGCUCCUGCUGUCUCCCUGGGAGCUCCACUGUUCUCCCACCUGUUCCUGGCCACACCCACAUACCUCACACAGGCAUUUCUGAGCCUGUACUGAAUGAGGGCUGGGGAUGCCCAUCUGGCUGCCUGUGGAUUUCAUGGUACUGCAGAGAGCAUCUAGGGCUGCUGCUGUUCACUCUGGGGGCUUUGAGUCAGCAUUGUGAUCAGCGACUGUCCCGCAGGAGGUGGGACAGAGACUAGAAAGAGGAGUGGGCAGAGUGAAGGCAGUUCAGAAAUCAGACACAAUAUCCUCUUUUUCUCCAAACUGAGGCCUUGACAGGAUCUGCCCAUUUACAAGAACUUGAACUGAGAGAAAGAUGCCACCUGCUGGUUACAGGUACUUGGUGAUGGACAUCCUGAAGGCUCAGGCCCAUUUGAGAUGCUGGGAGCCUUGUCCCCAGGAAACAGGGUCUGAUUGAAGAGAUGAGCUCUGGAUGUACACACCACUACUAACAACGCCAUGUGGACAGCACUGUCUUAUAAAAAACGAUGCAGUCUUCCUCAGAGCUGCGGGACUCACCUCCCUCUGUGUACCAUGGCCAGAGACUUUCCCACUACUGAUGUAGUCAAGGUGUUGCCCCGCAUUCAUGUUGACCUGAAAAAAAUCAGGGUGGGAUCCAGCUGUGAGCUACCCACGUACAAGUCAAGAGAUGCGACGAGGCCAUCCCUGCCCACUAUGACUACUAGUUUGUGUCAGAUUCUGGGGUGAAGGGUGAGUGGCUCUUCCUGCAUGUUGCCCUGAGACCUUAUAGAACAAGCCAGAUACAACCUCCGCAGCCUUGCUGACUCACCUCAGUUGUUCGUCCCACACGUAAACCCAUCGACUAGCUAGCUGCAUGCCAUGCUUCCUGCUCGAGGUGUGGUGCUUCUGUGGCUUCCUCGGCUAGAGCAGUGCACCCGAGAUGCCUGCCGCCUUCUCUCUGCAAAUACACAUCCCUGGCCUGUAGGCCAGCCCCAAACCAAAGGCACCUCGACCUGGGUGGGGGUACCCCUGACCUGCCUCAGGCCUCCUCCCAGAGUCCUAUGUGGGGCUGUCAGAUGGGUGCUGACACUUAGCCCUAGAACCCUGCAUACAGGGGCCAGGAUUUGAAACACAAGGUCAGGCUUUGGGUAAAAUGUCACACAGUGACCUUCUUGAGUGGCAAGGUGGACACAUGAAUUAAAGGUUAUUACAAGCAUCUAAAAUUUGUUAAUUCAGGGGAAUGGUGUUCUUAGAAGCCACACAACCCACAAGAGCACUUUGAAGAGUCACUGGAGAGGUGACAUUGUCUCUUCACAGAUGACAGACUUGUGAAACUGUAAUCUUUGUACUGACAGGUCACCUGGAGUUUUCUUUUCUCCUUAACGUUUUGGGUUUCUUAGCUUUUUGUUGCAAAAGUGUUGGACAGAAGUGAACUGUGAACGAGGCCCUGAAAUGCACUAACUUUAUUCAAUUAAACUGGAGUUACUUGAUUUGGUGAAGAGCUGCGUUUGCUCCACUUGUGUCUCUUGUUAGAAUGGUACAUUGUGACAAUCAAAUGGAGUCCGCCUCAAGGUGGGGCACCUCCCCAGCUUCUGUACAAAGCACCAGCAAGUCCUGUAACUGUGCAGGAACAGCUCUUUCUGCAAGCCACACAAACCACGGACUCCCAGGGAGUGCGUCACGGCUGGGCAGACAUCGGGGCUUCUUUUUCUCUUACUGAAAAAUUGCCAUACCUGACUGUCGCCAGGCUCAAAGGGAUGCGUUGACUAGAGGGUACAACUGUAUCAUACGGGUGUUUCCUUUUGUAUGCUUCUUUUUACAAGUUUUGCUACUCACAUGCUCUGUGGUAGGAAUGACGGCCGGUGUCCAGGUAGGGAGCUAACUUGGACUUUCCAGGCCUGUAUCCACGGCCUGGCUGCGUUGACUGCUAUGCAAAGCUCUCUGUCCACAGCAUUUGGAAAGGCUACUCGAGCAGCAUGGCGCUCCUGCUUGGUGGUACUUUCUGGGACAAAUGUGCAGGCAUCAUACUUAUUACAAGCACUGUUUUGAAUGAGGGAUAAAAUGUCCACAAUACACAAGA